AUGUGCGAACCACCCACGACGUGCGCCAGGUAAGAGCCAGACCUAACGAAGAGUCUAGGUGCAGUGCCUCGUCUGCUUAGUGUGCAUCUGCCUUUUGCGGUUCAGCGAGGAGGUCUGGUAUCAUUUGCUGCUCAACCCGAAGCGCACCGUCAACCUUGCUUCGCUCUGAGCCAUACUAUCUAAGGGCCAUCAACAACCAGGCGACAGGGCUGAGCAUCAAAGCGAGGCGCUCCAAACUCUUCUACAGCCGCAUACAACUCUCUCCCAGAGCAGACCCAUCUAAAGAGGACGCUUUCGUCCUCACUUGUGGGAUGGUGUACAUCAAAUCUUGGGUCGCAUUUCACGCGGCCGCGAUAGAUAUUCAGAAAGCACAGCCCGAGCGGGUGAGUGGACUUGUCAGAUUUGCGAGCACUUCGAUCAGCGUGCUGUUGGGAAGUUGGGGACGGCGUUGGCUGGAAAUGGAGCCUCUCUCAAGACAUCGAUGUCGGCUGGCCAAACGCAACUACACCGGAUCUAGCGUGGUGCUGCCGCUCUCCCAUCAAAUGCUGAUAGCGUCCUAUCCCGUGACUUGAAAGACCCGCUACUUGAUCAAAGCGCACCCAGCCACGCAGUCGCUCAUUCUCAAGAUCACGGAUGAUUUCUCUGUGAGUGUGCAGUCUGCUCAGCGAUGAACACUAGCGUUGGAUCGAGAGAAAGGUCUCACAUUCGCCCAUGUACUUGCUAGACGAUCAAAUUUCGAACACGAAGCUCCAUCAUCCUCAACCGCUUUCAAGCCUUGAAUCACGAGCUCAUCGCACAGUUUGCCGGAGCACCCAAACCAAUGCUGUCGGAGGCGCAACCGGGCGCCACCAGUCAAGAUGCAGCGCCUAUCGCGGUAGCAGAGCAUGUAGGAUCGUCCUCAGGCGCUGUAACGGCGCAGACUGGCACUCAGAGCGGUGGGGGCAGCGGUGGAGGUGGUGGCGGUGGGAAGAAGAAGAAGAAGAAGGGCAAAAAGUAG